CAAAUCUCUCCCUCAUAACGGCUCUCUCUCUCUCUCUCUCUCUCUCUCUCUCUCUCUCUCUCUCUCCUUCUUCGCUUCUUUGCACGAACGCUAGGGUUACGUACACGAACGCAGUUGCGGAAGCACAUCUCUUCGUCUUGUCUUCUUUCUCUCCAGGAGAGAUUUCUGCUCGGAAUUUAUCCGGUGAGAUGAAGCACUUCAUGUUACCAAGAAACUCAACCUUGCGGGAUGUCGGAGAGGCGCAGUCGCCGAACCCUAGCUCGAAGUCGAAGCCACCGCGCAAGCAUAGAUCCGCCAAAGAGAACGCUCCGCCGCCGGAUCUGAACUCGCUGACGCCCGAUCAUAGGUCGUCACCGGCGGCGAAGUUGAAGAGUCCGCUGCCGCCGCGUCCGCCGUCAGCUAAUCCUCUCAAACGCAAACUAAGCACGGAGGCAGGAGCAGAAAAUGCGAUGUCUGGGCUUUCUGAUUCUGGCGUCAAGGUUAUAGUCAGAAUGAAGCCUCCCACCAAAGGCGAGGAAGAAGAAAUGAUAGUCCAGAAGAGCUCCAAUGAUACCCUCACAGUUAAUGGGCAUACUUUCACCUUCGACUCAGUUGCUGAUCCAGAGUCGACACAGGAAGAAAUAUUUCAGCUCGUGGGAGCCCCUUUGGUUGAGAACUGUUUGGCUGGAUUGAACAGCUCUGUAUUUGCCUAUGGACAGACUGGGAGUGGAAAAACCUAUACCAUGUGGGGUCCUGCAAAUGCGUUGUUGGAAGAGCAUUUUACAGGUGACCAAAAAGGUUUGACUCCGCGAGUCUUUGAACGACUGUUUGCCCGAAUCAACGAGGAACAAGUUAAGCAUGCUGAAAGGCAACUCAAUUACCAGUGUCGUUGUUCGCUUCUUGAGAUCUACAAUGAACAAAUAACAGAUCUUCUGGACCCAAUCCAAAAGAACCUGAUGAUUAGAGAAGAUGUCAAAUCAGGUGUCUAUGUCGAGAAUCUGACGGAGGAGUACGUGCAAAAUUUGAAGGAUGUGACACAGCUUCUGAUAAAGGGUUUAGCAAACAGAAGGACUGGUGCGACAAGUGUGAAUGCUGAAAGCUCUAGAUCGCAUUGUGUAUUUACGUGUGUGGUUGAAUCCCGUUGCAAGAGUGCUGCAGAUGGUCUUAGCAGCUUCAAGACAAGUAGAAUAAAUCUCGUUGAUCUAGCUGGUUCAGAGAGACAAAAAUUAACUGGUGCAGCAGGAGAACGUUUAAAGGAAGCUGGAAAUAUUAAUCGAUCACUCUCUCAACUUGGGAACUUGAUAAACAUUCUUGCAGAAGUUUCUCAAACAGGAAAACAAAGGCAUAUACCCUACAGGGACUCCAGGUUGACGUUUUUAUUGCAAGAAUCUCUUGGUGGGAACGCCAAACUAGCCAUGGUCUGUGCAAUUUCUCCAUCACCAAGUUGUAGGAGCGAGACUUUCAGCACUUUGAGAUUUGCUCAACGUGCAAAAGCGAUACAGAAUAAAGCAAUUGUCAAUGAAGUAAUGCAGGACGAUGUAAAUUUCUUGCGCGAAGUGAUUCGCCAGCUGAGGGACGAACUCCAAAGGAUGAAGGAAAAUGGAAAUAACCCAGCCAACCCAAAUGGAGCAUAUUCCACUGCAUGGAAUGCACGUAGAAGUUUGAAUUUGUUAAGAAGCUUUGGGCUGGGUCACCCAAGAUCCUUACCUCGUGGAGACGGUGACGAUGAUAUUGAGAUGGAAAUUGAUGAGGAGGCUGUUGAAAAGCUCUGUGCUCAAGUCGGUUUGCAGUCAUCACUAGCUGUAGAACAGAGCAAUCAUGACAUGAAUAGAGUAGAGAGAAUAAAUUCAUCCUUACAGAUUGUGGCCCUCAAGGAUGAAAAGGACAGCAACUCUCACAUUAGAUCAUCUAAUUGUCAAUCCAUAGACGACCACCCCCUUGUGGAUACAGAUGUUACCAUGGAGGAUGUGUGUUGCCAAACCGGGAAUCAUGAGCCAGAGACCAUUGAUAAUGUGAAAAUUGUUACAGACACCACUGUCACAACCGAUGAGGUUCAUGCAGUCGUGCAAGAUAGCUAUUCAAACAAGGGCGAAGAUGUGGCAUCAAGCCCAAGCUUGGUUUCGGAAGCUGAUGUCUCUGAAAAUGCGCUGAUGGCUGAUGGAUCAAAUGAUACAAGGCCUGUCUCAGUAAAUUUGGCAUCACCUAGUCUUAGCAUAGACCAAGCUAAUGUUUCUACUGUGUUAAAAUCUCCAACUCCCAGCGUUUCUCCACGGAUUAGAAACAGCAGGAAAAGCUUGAGGACAUCAUCAAUGUUGACUGCUUCUCAGAAGGAUACAGAGGGAGACAACAUGUUAGCUACUGAAUCUCUGGAAUUAUCUCAGGAAACAUCCACAAAGAUGGGAAACUUAUCCAGUACUUUGCCUGCACAGAAAAGUAGAGUCUUUCCUGUAUCAACAGAUCAUUUGGCUGCUAGUCUCCACAGAGGCAUCGAACGUCUUGAGGCUUAUCGCCAGAGUACAGCUCAAAGGCGUUCAACAUUUAGGUUUUCCUUCAAAGCUCCAGAUUCUAAGCCUUCUACAAUAAUAAGUAAGGCUGAUGUAGGUGUCCAAACCUUCCCUGAAGCUUAUGUAAUACCAGCGGAGAACACAGAAGAAGUUCUGUGCAGCAAAUGCAAGGGUAAAGCACAUUUGAAUGACCAAGAAGCUAGCGAGACUUCAAAUCUUCAGUUAGUGCCUGUUGAUAACUCAGAAGCUACAGAAAAAUCCAAGACCCAAGUUCCCAAAGCAGUGGAAAAGGUUCUAGCAGGGUCUAUCAGGAGAGAAAUGGCUAUGGAAGAAUUCUGUACUAAGCAAGCCUCUGAAAUAUCACAGCUUAAUCGGCUGGUGCAACAAUACAAACAUGAGAGAGAGUGCAAUGCCAUCAUAGGACAAACAAGGGAGGACAAAAUAGUUCGCCUUGAAAGCCUAAUGGAUGGCGUGUUAUCUAAAGAGGAUUUCCUGGACGAAGAAUUCACAUCUCUCAUGCAUGAGCAUAAGCUUUUGAAGGACGUGUAUGAGAAUCACCCUGAAGUGUUGCAGACGAAAACUGAAUUGAAAAGAGUUCAAGAAGAGCUGGAAAGUUAUAAAAACUUCUACGGUGACAUGGGAGAAAGGGAAGUAUUGUUGGAAGAGAUUCAGGAUUUAAGGACGCAGCUACAAUGUUACGUUGACCCUUCUUUGACAUCAGCUUGGAAAAGAUGUUCACUCCUCAAGUUGACAUACACUUGUGGUGACUCCAAUCACGCUCCCCCGCUCAAUCCUAUUGCUGAACCAUCAGAAGAGAGUCCUGAGAAAAUACUAGAAGAAGAGAGAGUUUGUUGGACUGAGGCAGAGAGCAAGUGGAUUUCUCUUACUGAGGAAUUAAGAACUGAGCUCGAAACCAACAAAGCGAUAAUGAAAAAGCAAAAACAUGAACUCGAUACUGAGAAAAGAUGUGCAGAUGAGUUGAAGGAAGCAAUGCAGAUGGCAAUGCAGGGACAUGCACGUAUGCUUGAACAAUACGCAGACCUGGAGGAGAAGCAUAUGCAAUUGCUUGUAAGGCAUAGAAAGAUUCUAGAUGGGAUCGAAGAUGUUAAAAAAGCAGCAGCCAGAGCGGGGAUCAAGGGAGCAGAGUCUAGAUUCAUAAACGCACUUGCAGCUGAAAUUUCAGCAUUGAAGGUGGAAAGAGAGAAAGAGAGACAAUACUUCAGGGACGAGAACAAGAGUCUCCAGUCACAACUGAGAGAUACAGCUGAGGCUGUACAAGCAGCAGGAGAGUUGAUUGUUCGGCUUAAAGAAGCUGAAGAAGGAUUGGCUUCUGCACAGAAACGGGCAAUGGAUGCAGAGUCCGAAGCUGCAGAAGCUUAUAAACAGCUUGACAAGUUGAAAAGGAAACACGAAAACGAGAUCAACGCUCUCAACCAACUCAUCAAAGAAUCUAAAUUGCCUAAAGAACCAUCUCCAGCUUCCUUCAAUGAUCAUGCCACUACCAAAUAUGAUGAACAAUCAUCAAGUACUGGUGACCAGAGAUGGAGAGAUGAAUUCGAACCAUUUUGCAAGGAAAAAUCCGAGUUGGGAAAGCUCGCCGAACCAUCUUGGUUCUCCGGGUACGAUCGCUGCAACAUAUAAACGAAUCUCUACAUACUAUUUCCUGUAAUGUGUAUAAAAGAAUGUCUAGGUGGGCAUCUGGUUCUGUGAUAUAGUCCAAAAGCUUGCACCUUCAUGAGUCAUUUUACCUGUCUUGAUGUAUUUCUUGUGUCCAAAUUCCAAAACACCAUUCUACAGUUUAUAGAGUAUACCCCUUUCUUGUUGCUGCCUUGUUCUUUCUUUUGUUUGAUUUCCUUGUGUUGAUUCUGAUGUCUGUAACAGAUUUGUUCACAUGAAUAAUGGUAAAGAAGUCAUGCUUUGCUUA